CGCCAAUAAGAUAUGACAUUUUUGAAGCAACUGUGCCCUCAACGAUGACUGUUUUAUCAAGGUUGCGCAAUGUCCGAUUUCCAUGCUGGGGGUCCAUUUCACUCCCACGUGAUCUCGUAUCGUUCUCUUUUACCGACGAGUCCGCCAUAGUGGCGUUAUUUUGUGAAGUGAACAACAGUUCAGCGCCAGAAAGUCAAGAUGGUGAACUUCACAAUCGAUCAGAUCCGUGGGAUCAUGGACAAAAAGUCCAACAUUAGAAACAUGUCUGUGAUAGCCCACGUUGACCACGGAAAAUCUACCCUAACAGAUUCACUUGUCAGCAAAGCUGGUAUCAUUGCUGGUCAAAAAGCAGGCGAGGCUCGUUUUACAGAUACCAGGAAGGAUGAACAAGAAAGAUGCAUUACGAUUAAGUCAACGGCAAUUUCUUUAUAUUAUGAACUUGAAGAAAAAGAUCUACAGUUUAUUACCCAACUAACGACAGGAACAGGUUUUCUCAUUAAUUUGAUUGACUCCCCCGGACAUGUUGAUUUUUCUUCCGAAGUGACUGCUGCCCUUCGUGUUACUGAUGGUGCCCUUGUUGUAGUUGAUUGUGUCAGUGGUGUAUGUGUACAAACUGAAACAGUGCUUCGUCAGGCUAUUGCAGAACGUAUCAAGCCUGUAGUGUUUAUGAACAAAAUGGACCGUGCACUGCUUGAACUUCAGUUGGACAAAGAAGAUCUUUAUCAGACUUUCCAGAGAAUUGUUGAAAAUAUCAAUGUUAUCGUUGCAACAUACGGUGAUGAAGACGGCCCAAUGGGCAAUGUCAUGGUUGACCCAUCAAAGGGUACUGUUGGAUUUGGUUCAGGUCUUCAUGGUUGGGCUUUCACCCUAAUGCAGUUUGCCGAAAUGUACUGUGAUAAGUUCAAGAUUGACCGUGGCAAAAUGAUGAAGCGACUAUGGGGUGAUCAGUUCUUUAAUCCUAAAGAGAGAAAGUGGUCUAAAAAUUCUGGUGCGGGCUAUGUGAGAGGAUUUGUCCAGUUUAUUUUGGACCCAAUUUACAAGGUCUUUGAUGCAAUUAUGAAUUUCAAGAAGGACGACACUGUCAAACUUCUAGAGAAGCUUUCUAUUAAGUUAACUGGAGAUGACAAAGAUAAAGAAGGAAAGCCUUUGCUGAAAGUUGUUAUGCGUAACUGGCUUCCUGCUGGUGAUGCUCUGUUGAAAAUGAUCACCAUCCAUUUACCAUCACCUGUGACAGCACAGAAGUAUCGUAUGGAGCUACUUUAUGAAGGUCCUCAUGAUGAUGAAGCUGCAUUAGGUAUCAAGAACUGUGAUCCCAAUGGACCAUUGAUGAUGUACAUCUCAAAGAUGGUGCCUACUACUGAUAAAGGACGUUUCUAUGCUUUUGGCCGUGUGUUCUCUGGUAUUGUGUCCACUGGCAUGAAAGCCCGAAUCAUGGGACCAAAUUAUGUUCCAGGAAAGAAAGAGGAUUUGUACAUCAAACCUAUUCAAAGAACUAUUCUUAUGAUGGGACGUUACAUUGAACCCAUUCCAGAAGUUCCAUGCGGAAAUAUUGUUGGUCUUGUUGGUGUAGAUCAGUACCUUGUUAAGACCGGUACUAUCACUACAUUUGAUGGUGCUCACAAUUUGAGAGUUAUGAAAUUUUCGGUCAGUCCAGUAGUACGUAUUGCAGUUGAAGCAAAGAACCCUUCUGAACUUCCAAAGCUGGUUGAAGGUUUGAAACGUCUUGCCAAGUCUGAUCCUAUGGUUCAGUGUAUUAUUGAAGAGUCUGGUGAACACAUCAUUGCUGGAGCUGGUGAAUUACAUUUAGAAAUUUGCCUCAAGGAUUUAGAAGAGGACCAUGCUUGUAUACAAAUCAAGGCAUCUGAUCCUGUUGUAUCCUACCGUGAAACUGUUACUGAGAUGUCUGACAGGAUGUGUCUGGCUAAAUCCCCAAACAAGCACAACAGACUUUUCAUGAGGGCAGCUCCUCUACCUGAUGGCCUUGCAGAAGACAUUGACAAUGAUGAGGUUACACCAAAACAGGAAGUGAAGUCUAGAGCAAGAUACCUAGCAGAGAAAUAUGAAUUUGACCUCACUGAAGCUCGUAAAAUUUGGUGCUUCGGUCCUGAAGGCACAGGUCCCAAUCUAGUUAUUGAUUGCACAAAAGGAGUACAGUACUUGAGUGAAAUUAAAGACAGCGUUAUUGCUGGUUUUCAGUGGGCUUCAAAAGAGGGUGUACUUUGUGAAGAAAAUAUGCGUGGUAUCCGGUUCAAUAUUCAUGAUGUGACUCUUCAUGCUGAUGCUAUUCAUCGUGGUGGUGGCCAAAUUAUACCCACAACAAGGAGAGUUCUGUACGCCUGUGCACUCACAGCAACUCCUCGUCUUCUUGAACCUGUGUAUUUAGUAGAAGUACAGUGUCCUGAAGUAGCCGUUGGUGGUAUUUAUGGCGUGUUGACGAGAAGGCGUGGUCAUGUAUUUGAAGAAAACCAAGUUGCUGGUACUCCUAUGUUUUUAGUAAAAGCAUAUUUGCCAGUAAUGGAAUCUUUCGGUUUCACAGCUGAUCUGCGCUCCAACACUGGUGGCCAGGCCUUCCCGCAGUGUGUAUUCAACCAUUGGCAAGUUCUUCCCGGUGAUCCAUUUGACCAUGGUUCAAAACCAUUCACAGUUGUUGCUGAUACAAGGAAGCGUAAGGGUCUGAAAGAAGGUGUUCCAGCAUUGGAGAACUACCUGGACAAGCUCUAAACACAACCCAUUUGAACAAACCUGAAAAACAAAUACAACUGAUCAAGAAAAAUCACUAGCAUCUUCACCAAUUUGUCAAGUACCCUAAAUUUAAUAAUAUCAAAACAAUUGUAUGUUUAUUGAUGAAUGUAACUGGCAGCAGACUAAAAAUUGCAAAGACUUUUAUUCUAAGGAACUGCUUGAAUUGUAUGCUAUUAAAAGCUUGAAAUACUGUUCCUCUGGGCUUGAUCACCUUUUUAUUUUAAAUAGGUGUGAAGAUGAGAAAUGUCCCAUUCAAAGUGGGUGAGAAAAAAAGAAUAUAUUUGUUCAUAAAGAAUUGCCAGACCUGUUCUGCAGAAGGUCUGAAAAAUAGAAAGAUUACCUACCUAAGUUAAUAAAACAUCAGUUACAAAAUAAGGUUUUU